AUGACGGCCAUUUCUAGUCUCACCAAGCUCCUAAGCUGCAUGCAAGGCCUGGACUAUGUGUUACUCGUGAUCACUCUGUCCACUCUUUCUUGGUACACUUGGCUUUACAUCAAAUCCAAACGGCAGUCCCAUCCAUUGCCGCCGGGACCUUGUGGUCUUCCCGUAGUCGGUAACCUCCCAUUUCUCAAACCAGAGCUUCACACUUACUUCCAUGGACUAGCUAAAGAGCACGGUCCUAUAUUCAAACUCUGGCUCGGCGCUAAGCUGGUAAUCGUUGUCAACUCCUCUGAGCUGGCCCGGGAGAUUCUCAGAACCAAUGACGUCAUCUUCGCAAACCACGAUGUCAGUGCGGUGGGUGUGGUUAACAUGUACGGUGGUAUUGACAUCGCCUUGUUACCGUAUGGACCGAAGUGGAGGAUGCUGAGGAAGAUAUGUGUUAAUAGACUACUGAGCAACUCCAGGAUGGAUGCAUCUGCUAGCCUACGCCGCGUAGAGACACGACGAACGGUUAGGUAUCUGGCGGAUCAGGCUCGGGUCGGGUCACCGGUUAACCUAGGAGAAAUUUUUUCGCGGAUGAUAUCAAAUGUCAUGACGCAGAUGUUGUGGGGCGGUACAGUUGAAGAAGAAGAGAGGGAGAUUAUUGGAGCAGAAUUUUCAGAAUUGGUGACGGAGAUAACCGACCUCUUGUUGAAGCCAAAUGUCUCCGACUUUUUUCCGGUAUUGAGCCGGUUCGAUCUUCAGGGUUUAGCUAAGCGUAUGCAAGGACCGACUGAGAGGAUGGACCGGCUUUUUGACCGGGUGAUCAAUAAACACCUGGGGAUGGAUAGAGAAAGUGAAGGCAAGGGUAAUGACUUUUUGGAGGUUUUGUUGAAAAUCAAAAAUGAAAAUGAUGAGAAUGCAAUCUUGGACAUGAAUGAUGUCAAGGCAAUGCUCAUGAGGUUUUUGUGUAAUAGGAAAUCUUACUUCGCCGGAGAGAUGGGUGAUAACGGGAUCCUCCCGGCAACAUAA